AUGGAGAAAAUCUCAGCAUUUUUUGUCAUCCUCUUCCUGGCCUCGUCAUGCAUGGUCAAUGUGACUGUAGCAAUGCCUGUCAUACCAUGUCAAGAAGAUGAAGAUUGUGCAGUGAAGUAUGGAAGAUGUAAACUAGGGGGUAUGCCAAUUUGCCUCCACUAUCUUUGUAGCUGUUACCAUGAAAUGGAUACUUCUUCAUCGAUGACCUCCAAGUCUUGA